UUUUAUUCGACUUGACAGUUACUCCGAGCCGAACGAAGCAAUGCAACUCUUUGUUGGGUGAAGUGGCGAGAAAUCUUUCUCCAAAACCAGAUUUGCUCAUUCAAAUGCUCGUCGUCGCGACGCCGGCGGACACUCGUUCUCACCCGCUGAAGUAACGGGCGACAAUUCGCUUAAAAAAACGACUACUUAUUUCGUAGUUAGCUAACGCUAGCGUGCUAGCUGCGGGGUCGGUGGGAGGGAGGGGAGGGGGAGAGAAGAUGUCGCUUCACGGUAAAAGAAAAGAAAUCUACAAAUACGAGGCGCCAUGGACGGUGUACGCGAUGAACUGGAGCGUCCGCCCGGACAAACGCUUCCGACUGGCGCUCGGCAGCUUCGUGGAGGAAUACAACAACAAGGUCCAGCUGGUGGGUCUGGAGGAGGAGAGCUCCGAGUUCGUGUGCAGGAACACGUUCGACCACCCGUACCCCACCACCAAGAUCAUGUGGAUCCCCGACACCAAGGGGGUUUACCCGGACCUGCUGGCCACCAGCGGGGACUACCUGCGCAUCUGGAGGGUCAGUGACACAGAAACCCGUCUUGAAUGUUUGCUGAAUAACAACAAGAACUCAGACUUCUGUGCGCCCCUCACCUCCUUCGACUGGAAUGAAGUUGAUCCCAAUCUGCUGGGCACCUCAAGCAUUGACACCACCUGCACGAUCUGGGGUUUGGAGACCGGUCAGGUGCUGGGACGAGUUAACCUGGUCUCUGGACACGUGAAGACCCAGUUGAUCGCUCACGACAAAGAGGUGUACGACAUCGCGUUCAGCCGCGCAGGAGGCGGCAGAGACAUGUUUGCCUCGGUGGGAGCCGACGGGUCCGUCCGCAUGUUUGACCUCCGACACCUGGAGCACAGCACCAUCAUCUACGAAGACCCCCAGCACCACCCGCUGCUCCGCCUCUGCUGGAACAAACAGGACCCCAACUAUCUCGCCACGAUGGCCAUGGAUGGCAUGGAGGUGGUCAUCCUUGAUGUACGUGUGCCUUGCACGCCAGUAGCUCGGCUGAACAACCAUCGCGCCUGUGUUAACGGCAUCGCCUGGGCCCCCCACUCCUCGUGUCACAUCUGCACUGCAGCCGACGACCACCAGGCCCUGAUCUGGGACAUCCAGCAGAUGCCGCGAGCCAUUGAGGAUCCCAUCCUGGCCUACACCGCUGAAGGGGAGAUCAACAAUGUGCAGUGGGCGUCCACGCAGCCCGACUGGAUCGCCAUCUGCUACAACAACUGCCUGGAGAUCCUGCGUGUCUGAAGCCGCGGACACUUUGAUGAAGACGAAAAAGGAGCGUUUUGUGUCAGAUUUGGACUUUUUUUCCCCCCUCCCACCAGUCCCACUGCUCUCGAGACGAUGAGAUCACGGGCGAACUGUCAGAAAAUUUGGGGGUUUCACAGACCUACUCCACAAUUUACAUUUUCUUCCACCACGUUACUCCACUUUUCUAUUAAGUGUGUUUAAUCUCUUAUUUAUUUUUGCUCGCAAAGGGGUAGCGUUCAACAUCUGCUCGGCAGCUGUGAGGAAGGUUUUGAACUCUUGAGAUGUUGUCUCUGAAAAUCAGACUUUUGUACUUCUUGGUGUGAUUUCAGCCAGAUGUGAGAUUAUAUCCACAAAGGGGGUUUAGAUGUUGUGUGUUUCAUCUGUUUUGAUUUGUGAAGGUUGAAGCGAACUACUGGCUGACGACCUCUCUAAUGCGUAGGAACGUGUCGUAGUCUUCUUGUGGACUCAUUAUUAUUAUUGCUGGUCAAGAUCAGUAUAUUAUAUAGUCUUGUUUACCUCUGUGGCAAUUUAAAUUUUUUUAAAAACACUUGUGUCCAGUAUCCUCUCUACGAAUAAUUGUAUUUCAGGCUCGAACUUGCGACCUGUGCAACGUUGUAAGAAUUGUAAAACAUAACCAGAGAAGGCUUCAAAAUCCUCACGGCGAUGCUGUGAGGCAGCCAUGUACAGCAACACUGAGAACCUACCAGAGCAAUGUUGUUGUCUCUGAGCUCCCUGACUAUCCUCUUCUUCUUCUUCUUCUUCUUCUUUUCAUUUGUAGAAGUUUGUGCUUGGAAAGCUGCGUUUUCUUUUGUGUUUAGAGAGUGAGCUGUGAAGCGAGAGCGGGAGCAAAACAACUUUUCCGUCUGCGUCUGCCUCUCUUUUUUUUCUUUUUCUUUUUUCUUUUUCAAUAAUUAAAGGGUCAUGUCCUUGUAGCAUGCCAUUACAGGGCAAAAUGUAAAUACAUAUAAAUAUAUCAACUUGAGAUUGUUGGUAAGCCAAGUGUUCAUGUUGUAGCUUUUUUCAUAAAAGUUUAUUAUUGAAUUUGCUCUAAUAAAUUGUUUUCCUCCAUGUCUUAGGAACAAA